UUGGCGGCUAUCGCUAAAAGUCCACCACUGAGCUCACGAGGAGCAGCACGGUAUAAAAUCAAUUUUUAUUGAAAUUUUAAGCGACCGCGAACGAAAGAUCCGCUGAGGCUUAAUUAAAUGCCAGUGCGAACUGCAUUUUGCGAUCAAAUUCCGUGAUAAGAUCUUCCAGGGUCCAUUUAAAGGGUUGCUCCAUAGCCGAACCCUCGAUUUUCCGAGCGUGUGCGUUGACAUAAAGCCGCAAAAGUGGAUACCGAAACUGUGAAAAUCGAGGAUUUGAUGGACUCAGAUCCUGAAAUCGAGUUCAUUGAAAAGGACAGCGGGAUGUCUUCGUUGGGCGGAAGCAAGGACGAAACGCCCGAGCGGCGGGCAGUGGCGGCCACUUCAAAUGAGCCACAAGGCGAGAAUUACGAUGAUGAACCCGAAGAGUCGGCGGCCGAGCGCUUUUGGGGCCUGACGGAGAUGUUCCCGGAGCCACUGCGCAACGCGGUGGAAGCUGUGAGCAAAGCCACCGUGAACGGCGUCAAGGGAUUCUACACGUUCUCGUGCAACGCCAGCUGGAUAUUCUUCACCAGCUCGGUCAUCCUGUUCGCCCCGGUCAUCUUCGAGACGGAGCGCGCCCAGAUGGAGGAGCUGCAGAAGUCGCAGCAGAAGCAGGUGCUUCUUGGACCCAGCAGCGCGAUGGGCCCUGGAGGUUCCUCGCCCAGCUUACCCUUGAUUCGUUAACCGAGAGAGACCAUACCACAUACGCAUAUUAGUUCUACGAAAACCGGCAGCGGAUCUCCGGAAAUUGCCACACGUUAGCUUAAGUUUGUCGAUACCAAUCAAUCCCAGUCGAAAUCGAGAGGCUGAGGACGUCCCGAGUGGGCAAAAGCAGUCACCCAUCAAAUGCCCCUCCAUAGCCCAGCAUUUACGCAUCCACACUUACGGAACUACCGGCCCCAAGGAAACGUCCUCUUCGAUCGAAACGAACAGUUGCAAAACUUCAGAUAGGUGUUAGCAUUGUAGUUGGCUUACAGUGUAUAAACAAAGCAACCACUACGGUUUAAACCAAUUAAUAAAACUACGUUUAUUAAUAGUUAAAAGUCAAA